AUGAAACAAAGCACAGUCGAGGGACGACUUGGGAGCCUUGAAAUCAUCAGGGCUCCGGAGUCGCUGAGUGCAUUGGCAGAUGCCGAUGCCGAUGCCCCUUCUUUGCGGCCCAUGUCUGAUUCGCAGACUGUACAAUCGCUGCUUGAAGGUGAGCCGUCCAUGAUGGUUCAAAUCGGGAAGGCGAAGGGAAGUGUUGGUCAAGCUGGUCAAGGAAGCACACCAUCACGGGCUGGUGAAGUGACUGAAGAAAGGAGUGGCACAGGCCGUGGGAAUGUGGAUCAGAUAGAGGAUGAUGAGAAUGAUGGGCCGGUUGAUGAUGAGUACGAGUUGUUGUGCAACGAAUCUGAGGAUGCAGUUGCCCGAUCUGAUGCUGCCUUAGCCGAUUGUUCAAAGGAUGAAGAGAGGACUGUCGAAAGAACACAGGUUGCUUCUGUCGGUGAACAACACUGCGAGCCACUGGCACAGCACUCAAGGUCCGACAAAAUCAUUGACCAGGUGGUCAACCAUUUGCGGGAAACACACGGUGAAUCAGUUGUGUUGACACAUGAAGAAUUGGAGGAGGAAGCAGUCCUACUCUUGAUUCGUCAAUUCAACCAAGGUGCUUCUUAUGAUGAGGUGAUCGAUGACUUGGCUCGCAAAUUCGUGGCAGAACAGUCCGAGUCCGAAGCUGUCCCGGGGUCGAUUCGGAAUCCACAGGCCAAUAGCCAAGCCAGCCAAGCCAGCCGAAGCGGGAAUCCCCCAGGCAGAGUAGCUUUUGUUUUCGAUGAUUCGGACGUUUGCACGUCGGCUGCAUCUGCAUCGUCUGUUGCUUCUGGGGAGCUUGGUUCCACGGACGAGGGUGAAGCCAACGGCGGCACUGCACAAGAUAGAUUGCCUAGAUUCGUGGCCAAGUGGCAUGCUGAAUUUCGACGUACAGCUGAAGCCUUGGCAUAUCGUGCUGAUCGUAACGAGCUACCUUUGGGUCAUAACGAUGAGGUAUCUUUACUUCUUUCAUUGCAGAGCAGGGAAGAAUGUGACGGCUUUCAACUUUUUUUUGUGAAAUGGGUGGAUGCAGCGACGAGGACGGGCCGCAGUGUCCGAAUCGACAAGAAUUUCAGAGUCGUUUAUUCGCCGCCUGUUCUUUUUGGCAAGCAGGACGCCAGCAUGGAGGUCACCUGGCAAGAGGCCAAGACCAAGAAACAAAAGAAGUGCAUUGUGUGCGGGCAGGUGGGAGCUGCAGGGAGUAAGAAGAGUUCUGGAAGCAUGGCCCCUCCCACAGAGAUUCCCAAGCAAUGCUCAUUCUGUCUAUUGUUCUGGCACAGUCGAUGUGCAGAUGGAAUCACGGAGGAACUUCGUGACAAUAUCCGCACAGGGGAGACUUUUGCAGACAUUGUUCAGAUGAGUGCAGUUCUGGUGCGAUUGUUGCCUACACUGCCGGAUUUUGUGACAUCCAUGCUGCUCAAUGAUCCGGACAAGGAAUGCUCAAUUUACACAUCGGCCAUGCCCACUAUGUUCGAUGCUGCUGAGCCAGCCCUGGGUGCUAAUCUGGUGCUUCUAGCGAGUGGGGCGGGUCGCUACAUGGACUACGAGGACAGUGAGUCCUCCGCGUCUUUGGCAAGUACCUCAGCGAGCUCUCACUUUAGCGAUCUUAGUUUUGAUUGCGUCUUUGCCUCGGGACCCGUGUGCAAAGUGCGAGUGACGAUUACGCUGUGGAACUUCCUUGAUCCUGCUGCUAGAACAGCUCUGCUGGCUUCGAGUGCUUCCACUCGCAGCGAUUUCUUGCAGGAAAUCCUCUUCGUUGCAAUUAGGGCUGGUCUGCAGCCCCUGCCGGCCUUGGCUCGUGGGGUUUCUUCGAUGGCUGCUGAAGCUUCGGCCUCCGAUCUAUGUGAUUGUUUCGAGCAACACCUCCAGCACUUGACUCAUGAUGUUGUGGCCCCACUCAGCUAUCCGUGGGACAGGAAUAAGGCCUUGUCUGCCAUUUUUUCAGGAAAACCAGGCAGAAGCGUCGACCUUCAUAGCGUCAAGGUGCCAAGAGUCGUGCCGCCGCCAGCCACGCAGUACAGGCGGCCGGGUGAUUCAGACGAGCCGCUGCCGGUGGCUCUGCAGUGUACCAAGGUUGUGCCCGUCUUUGAGGCUGUGCUUAAGAAGCCCAGGCUACAGGCAGGCGAGAAGGCCGGUGUCGAUCGAGAAAAUGUCCUACGUCGGUGGCUCUGUGUUCUGAGCCACUCACCUGGUGCCUCGAGGUUGGGGGUUCUCAUUUGGGCGAAAGGCGAAUCUGACCCCUUGGGGGUCGUGGCGCAGGCCUUGGCUGGGAAAGCAACAUCGACUUUGCUUAAGCGAGCCCGAUUUUCUGCACGAUUCAUUUGUUGGGCCGACAAGCAUCAUGUGAAGGCUUUCCCGGUGAGCCUCGAGUUUCUUGUGAGCUUCCUCAAACCACUUGCAGCCGAAGCCAGGAACAGUGCCAUUCGUGAGGCUAUGGAAACUGUCGAACAAGGAAUCAGUGACAACCCUUGGGUCAAGGGUGCGCUGCGGGGAGCCAACAUUCGCACCUGUGACCCGAGACGAUCGAGAGUCCUGAAGGUCGAGGAGGUGCUCCUCCUCGAAGGAGCGCUGAUAGAGGGAGCCCUUGACAAGGUGGACAGGUACGCUACUGGGGUCUUCUUGUUCCAGCUUUACUCCAGGGCUCGAGUGUCCGAUCUGAGGAACAUUUCGAAGCUUGAGCUUGACCUUGAUGGCGAUACGGGUUUCAUCGAGGUCAGAACUUAUGAGCACAAGAAUUGCCGGUUGAGCAGUGGACCGGGGGCCGUGCUCAUUUUGGUUGCGCCGUACCAUGGGCUCCACCAGAAGCCUUGGGGCGCCGCUUGGGCAGAGGCGGCGAAGGCCGUUGGCUUCGACUUCGAGAAGGGGCAUCGCGGGCCGUUGCUCCCCCGCCUGGCCUGCGAUUACUCUUGGAGCAGGGAUGCCAUCGAUGCCAACGAGACCACUACAUGGAUCAGGGCGUUGCUUUCACGGCUGCAGGCGGCCGAAGAAGAUCUUACAUUCUCCUCGCACGGCUUGAAGGCAACGCCGCUUUCUUGGACCUCGAAGGCUGGAUACAGUGAGAGGACGCAACUUGUCCUGGGACACCAUAGCUUAGGUCCAAGUGGGAAAACGCAAGAAGCUUACGCUCGCGAAGUGCAGGCGCAGCCGCUACGAGAUCUUGCAGAAUGUCUUGGUGCCAUCCGGCAGGGGGUUUUCCAUCCGGAUCGCACGAAGAGCGGGAUGAUUGCAGAAGGUGCGACCAUCCGUGAGUCGCGAUUCUCUUUGGCACCCUUGGGUCGUGCCAAUCUUUCGCCAUCUCACGAGAGCUUCGAGUGCGCUCCCGAAGUUGAGCUGGCCGAGGAUGGAGGCGUAGAACCUCCUGAUGAUCAGGACCUGGGUGAACAAGAAGACGUUCACGAAGCCUCGAGCAGCGAGUCUGAGAGUUCCGGUGAGUCCGAGGAGGAGACUCAUUAUGAGAGUUUUGGAGCAGGCGAAGCGCAGAAUGCGAUCCCGUCUGUGAACAUGGGCCCUGAUUUAGACAUUUUUCAGAACCCGAAGACCAAGAGCCUUCACUCACGAGCGAAGGGUUCUACUGGCAAGUUGAUCUGUGGAAGGUCGCUUGACAAUAUGAAGCCUUUCAGUGGAAAGGUCUUCAGCAGUAGAUGGCUGUGCAAGCAAUGCACAGCAGGCCGGCCCCUCCGCGACGCAGGGGCCAUGGCGAGUUUCAUCGCUAAGAAGCAGGGCGCUUCUAAGUGA